AUGACGGAGUAUCUGCCAUGCGAUGUGUUUCUGGAGAUCCUGCAUAGACUACCCGUGAAAUCCCUAAUCCGAUUCAGGUGCGUAUCCAAAUCAUGGAACUCUCUAAUCACAAGUCCUGCCUUCAUCAAUUCCAAUCUCACUCGAUCACACUCCAAUUCCAACAAAUUAAUUGUUAAGUAUUCGGAUCUCAACAUGGUUUACGAAUUAAUUCACGAAGAAGACAAUGAAAAUAAUGACUUGUCAUCUGAACAAAUUCAAGAACUUGAGUUGCCGAAUAGUUUUGGUCGCGAUUUUAAAUUAGUCGGUUACGUUAAUGGAUUGUUUUGCCUUGAACCAGGCCGCUAUAUUCAACAAAAAACGCGCCAAAAACCUCUGGUUGAGGUUUACUCUGUUAACGAGGGAUCUUGGAGAAUAACGAGUGGUAGGGACUCGUAUCCGCCUGGAGUUGAUAUCAGUGACUGUUCCAUGUCAACAGCAGUUUCUUUAAAUGGAGCUGUUUUUUUUGCUGCAAAUCGGUGUGAUGCCUGGAGUUCAAUAGUUUUGUCAUUUGAUUUGGGUGAUGAGGUUUUCCGCGUGAUAUCCUUGCCAAAUGGUAAUUUCAAAUUUGAGCAUGGUAUUCAUAUCUUGGUAUUCAAGGGAUUGCUUUCUCUAAUAUGCCAUGAGUAUAUGAGUGAGCGUUGUUCUGUUUUUGUGAUGAAAGAGUAUGGCGUUGUUGAUUCUUGGACUAAACUGUUCACUAUUGACCUCAAUAGGCAAUUCUGUAGAGUGUUAGGUUUCCGGAAGAAUGGUCAUUUAUUAGUGCAGAACGAAGUAUUACUUGGUUGGGAGCUCUGUUCAUAUGACCCUGAGAGCCAACAAGUGAAGAAGUUGGGGUUUUGUAGAAGCUCAUGUUAUUCUUUUGCUGAUAAUUAUGUGGAGAAUCUUUUCUUACUUGACAAAUCAAAUGAUGCAGUUUCCAAGUGGAAUGUGAGCAAGAAGAGAAAGUGCAGAUAA